UUCCCGGUAGGCAGUGCAGGGAGAAGUUCACUCUGAUCAGCUGAUCCCAACUGACAACAGGGAAGGAGGAAGCCGGGGAGGCCGCCGUGGAGGAGGGGGCCGGAGAUGGAGAUGAGCAUGGAGCCCCCGGUGCCGUAAGGAGCAGCGGCCGCCCUCUGCAUUGCCCCCGCCACCCCGGUGCCUCGACGCGGACCCGCGGCGGCCGAGCUGUUCCGCGAUCGCUCCUGAAAUAUAAACUUUACGUGGGAUUCUGUUGAAAAGCUCCUGACUACUCUUCUUAUUACCAAAACCUUGUGGCAAGGGCCCAACUGAUGAGCCCACAAAACUCCCCGUGAACCUAACAAAACUCUCUCAGCCAUAAACAGACCCUUUCAAGUGAGAAUUAACUACGAACGUGCCUGCACUUUAUGGAGGAUGAAACCCUCUAACCGCAUCAACAAGUCUCUUGGAGGUCAGACAUUAAGACUAUAAACAUUCAGGAGUGUGUGAGUUCUCACGGGAUACAGAAUUUUUCUUUUUUUAUUUUAAUAAGUAUAGGUGUUCAGAACCCUGUGGCAGUUCAGUGUAGACGCAAAGCCUCUGCUGUCAUUUCUGGGGGGAAGUGGAGUGACUGGUAUAGCCUCAGAACCUCCUUGCCAGUGUGAGCAUGAGCGCCCAGACCUCCCCGGUGCAGAAGGGCCAGAACCCAGGCUUGAUGUGCCAGGAAAGCUACGUCUGCAGUGGGACUGACCAGGCGGUCUUCGAGUGCGACGAGUGCUGCAGCCUGCAGUGCCUGCGCUGCGAGGAGGUGCUGCAUCGGCAAGAGCGCAUGAGAAACCACGAGCGGAUCAGGCUGAAACCCGGCCACGUCCCGUACUGUGACCCCUGCAAGGGCCCCGAUGGCCAUUCCCCGAGUGUCAGGCAGAGGGCAGCAGUGAGGUGCCAGACCUGUAAAAUGGACCUGUGCCUGGAGUGCCAGAAGCGGACUCACUCUGGGGGUAGCAAAAGGAAACACCCCGUGACUGUCUACCAUGUCGCCAAGGCCCAGGAGUCACUGGAGGACAAAGAGCUGGAUGAGGAGACCAAGAGGAAAAAGAUGACCGAGAAGGUGGUCAGUUUCCUCCUGGUGGAUGAAAACGAGGAAAUCCAGGUAACGAACGAAGAAGACUUUAUUAGGAAAUUGGACUGCAGACCUGAUCAGCUCCUGAAGGUGGUUUCUAUUUUUGGAAAUACUGGCGAUGGCAAGUCUCAUACCCUCAACCAUACCUUCUUCCACGGCCGCGAAGUCUUUAAAACCUCCCCCGCCCAAGAGUCCUGCACUGUGGGCGUGUGGGCGGCCUAUGAUCCAGUCCACAGAGUAGCUGUAAUAGACACAGAAGGGCUUUUGGGGGCUACGGUGAAUCUAAGCCAGAGAACUCGACUGCUCCUUAAGGUCCUGGCCAUCUCAGACCUUGUCAUCUAUCGAACUCAUGCAGACCGGCUGCACAAUGACCUCUUCAAGUUCCUUGGAGAUGCCUCGGAAGCUUACCUGAAGCACUUCACCAAGGAGCUCAAGGCUACCACUGCCCGCUGUGGCCUGGAUGUCCCCUUGUCCACCCUGGGCCCCGCUGUUAUCAUUUUCCACGAGACCGUACACACUCAGCUGCUGGGUUCUGACCACCCGUCAGAGGCGCCAGAGAAGCUCAUUCAGGACCGGUUCCGGAAGCUGGGCCGCUUCCCCGAAGCCUUCAGUUCUAUUCACUACAAGGGAACAAGGACUUACAACCCUCCCACAGACUUCUCUGGGCUUCGGCGAGCUUUGGAGCAGCAGCUGGAGAACAACACCACCCGUUCCCCCCGGCACCCAGGGGUCAUCUUCAAAGCCCUGAAGGCGCUGAGCGACCGCUUCAGCGGUGAGAUCCCCGAUGACCAGAUGGCACACAGCUCCUUUUUCCCUGACGAGUACUUCACCUGUUCCUCCUCCUGCCUCAGCUGUGGGGCUGGAUGUCAGAACAGCAUGAAUCACGGGAAAGAGGGGCUCCCUCACGAAGCUAAGAGCCGCUGCAGCUAUUCCCACCAGUACGACAACCGAGUUUUCACCUGCAAGGCCUGCUAUGAGAGAGGCAAGGAAGUCAGCGUAGUACCCAAGACAUCAGCUUCCACCGACUCCCCCUGGAUGGGUCUCGCAAAAUAUGCCUGGUCUGGGUACGUGAUCGAGUGUCCUCACUGCGGGGUGGUCUAUCGGAGCCGGCAGUACUGGUUUGGGAACCAGGAUCCUGUGGAUACUGUGGUGCGGACGGAGAUCGUGCACGUGUGGCCGGGAACCGACGGCUUCCUGAAGGACAACAACAAUGCUGCCCAGCGCCUCCUGGAUGGGAUGAACUUCAUGGCUCAGUCGGUGUCUGAGCUGAGUCUCGGACCCACCAAAGCCGUGACCUCCUGGUUGACAGACCAGAUCGCCCCUGCCUACUGGAGACCCAACUCUCAGAUCCUGAGCUGCAGCAAGUGUGCUACAUCCUUUAAAGACAAUGACACCAAGCACCACUGCCGAGCCUGCGGGGAGGGCUUCUGUGACGGCUGUUCAUCCAAGACCCGGCCGGUGCCUGAGCGGGGUUGGGGUCUCGCGCCAGUGCGUGUGUGUGACAACUGCUACGAAGCCAGGAGUGUCCAGUUAGAUGUAGCCGAGACACAGGCCGAAGAGGAAGGCGGGACGCUGAUUGCUCGGAAGGUGGGCGAGGCCGUGCAGAACACGCUGGGAGCCGUGGUGACAGCCAUUGACAUACCACUAGGUCUGGUGAAGGACGCGGCCAGGCCAGCCUACUGGGUGCCCGACCACGAGAUCCUGCACUGCCACAACUGCCGCAAGGAGUUCAGCAUCAAGCUCUCCAAGCACCACUGCCGGGCCUGCGGACAGGGCUUCUGUGACGAGUGCUCCCACGACCGCCGGGCCGUCCCCUCUCGAGGCUGGGACCACCCCGUCCGAGUCUGCUUUAACUGCAAUAAAAAGCCUGGUGACCUUUAAUCCCAGCUCCCUCUCCGAGUCCUUCACAAUUCCUUAGGUUCUCAGGGUUAGAAACGGAAGUCUUACUGAGGUUGGCCCUCCUCCCCCAUCACCGACCUGGUGUGUGUCCUCUCAGCUCGUCCUGGGGCCACUCAGUGGGGGUGGGGGUGGGGUGGGGGGUGGGGCAGAUGGCUGCAGACCCCGAGCUGAGAGCCCCUCAGUGUGUGGGGGGGCUGGGGAAGAAAACCUGCACCCACUGCAUCUGCCACUUCAAACAGUAAAUAUAGGCAGACACCCAUAUGCCUGUGGAAGGGACUUGGGUGUAUUCAAGCCACCGCCAGCCACAAAGACUUGGCACAGUCUGUCCCCAGCACAGGACUAAGGUGGCAGUGGCAGCAGGUCUUCCCCACAAAACCAAGCCAGGUCCAAGACUGCAUCGGUCUUACUCUUGCUGCUUCUCCCCCAGCUCUUGAAGCCCCUCCUUUCCUCACCUUUCCGCCCCCUAUGCCUCCCAGCUGCUGGGGAUGUAAGUGGCCGGGGUGCCCCUGGCUCAAAACAUAGCCUCCAGAGAUGGUACCCUGGCCCUUGGAAGUGGAACCCCAGUUCUUGGCCGAGGUCUGUUUCAUUCAAAGACCACCCAGCUCAGUGUGCAGAUCACCGGAGCGGGUGGAGGUCCAGAGGGGAUCCUCGUCCCAGAGAAGUUGGAGUGCAGGCUGGGCGGUGUUCCUUGAUCCCGGGGGAGCCUGGGUGGGACAGGGCUCUUCCCCAGCAACCUCCCCUGCUUGAUGGCUUCUGUCUGCAGCCGCUUGGCUCUCCUGAGGCUGUACCCCUGCUCCCACUCCAGCCCCCCAAGCCCACCAUCUGCUUCUGUGUGUUGCACUAGGAAUUUUACUGCUUAUUUUAAAGUGUCUUAAUCCUUUGUUCCCAGACACACAACCCCUCUAGCUACUGGAGGGGUGAUCAUGAGAAAUCUUCCAGGGAAAAAAAGAGCACAGAAUGGACUGUUAGUUUUUUUUUUUUUUUAAGUAUAUAAUUAUUUCAACAGAUCACUGAGAAAACAAAAAAACUCUAUCUCUCCUGUCCUUGCAAGAAAUGUUGAGCGGACUUAAUCUCACACCAGGAGCUUGGACAGCCCUUUCUCUCAUGACUGGAAAAGAGACUUGUGCUGAAAUCCUGUCCUUGUGGAUUUUAUCUGCAGCGACUGAACGUCAAGAGUUAAAAGCGACAUAGUUCUUGGCUGAGCUGGUGGGUGGAUGUUCCUGUGGGUGUGACGUGAACCUCAGAAAGCAUUGGUCCUCCUCAGACCUACUCCUUCCUGCCUCCGGGGGCCCAGUGAGGAGCCCUGGCUAGAACUGUGUAUGAUCAAAUCUGCCAUUAUAAAGGAAUCUUCCUGCUGA